AUGGACUCAACCGACUUGGUCACUCGAGCAGCUUUAUGUUCUUCGCCAAUCGAGGUAAAGCAAGAGAUCCUCUGCUAUCUUCCAGAUCUAUACGCGCUUAAAGCUGCAAUCCUCUCACACUCGACUAUCUAUGCCGCCUUUCUUGAUGGAAAAGAGUCGAUCGCUAUUAGGGUUCUGUUGAAUCGCAUUCCUCGCGAAUUACUUCGCGAUGCGGCACUUGCCCUCGAUGCCUCGACUGUUGAAGACUGGACAUGGUCCCGUGGAGCCAUGACCCAGGACUGGACGCGGGAGAAGGAGGCCUUUUCCAUGCAAAGGCUAUACCAGGUAAUUGAAAGAUUUACGUCGGAUUUUAUCACGGCUGCACUGUCGAGAAAUCCUGCCUUGCCACAACACCCACCAUCGUUGCAGGAGUGGAACCGGGUGGCAAGGAGCUUCUACCGAUUUGAGGUAUAUCGACAUUUCUUCAGGAAUAGGGAUAACUAUGAUUAUCGCGAUAGGUUUGAAAGGCCAAAGCCCUCGCGUGACUUCCAAGAAGAAGAGCAGUGGGAAGUCUGCUACAAGCACUAUGCUGUUUGGGAGCUGGAACAGCUUGCUACUGUCGGUGAAUAUUUAUUUCGAAAGAGUGCCAUCCCCUUCAACGAGAUUGCUGCACAUGACGUGGAUUGGGGAAGCUCGGGGGUGAAUUAUGACAUCCACGAAGCAUGGGAGUUCACCCAGAGAUAUGGCUAUAUACCGGGUCUCCUUUCCAAUGGAUUAGAGUUCAUAUUCGAGGCCACGACAGCACCAACAUACGAACAGCGCAAACGACUCAUGAACCGCAAGCUCAGGGGCUCAUAUCCCUUUCUACCCGGCUUGCUUGAGUGUAUUUUUCUGGGAGGGGCUCAAGACACACCAUUAAAAGAAUACACCUUCGAACAAGCGCAGGUACUCCACCUCUCCGAAACACCAGAACCCGAUUCAGGACCUGCUAAGAUAUGGAAGUGGUCGCACUGGGAGCUGGACUCGGACCAGUUUGUCUGGAGCAUCCAUUGCCGAGAGUUACAUGCAUGGGGGUAUGUGAUGUGGGAUAAUGCCCGUCUCGAGAAGUCUGGCAUUUACUCUCAACCGUUUAUAUUACCACCACCCCCUGAUGAAGAGGAACUUGAACGACGAAAAGAAGCGACAAUUGCAUCGAUGGUCAAAAGGAGACAUCUAUUUAGGGCUGGCGCAAAGGGCUGAUGGGCAGAAGG